UAUUCAAGUGAGCAGUGGAGGUGGACGCAAAAUGAUUUCAAGUGGUAUAAUUCCGGACAUCAUUGACACCAGUCCUAAAGGUCUAGUGCAGGUUAAUUAUCCAAGUGGUGCUAAAGUAGAAUCUGGUAAGGAAUUGACUCCCACUCAGGUGAAGGAUCAACCCACAGUCAGUUGGGAGGCGGAAGAUGACGCUCUGUAUACUUUGUUUAUGGUAGACCCCGAUGCACCAUCACGUGCUGAGCCAAGUAAUCGGGAAUUUUUACACUGGCUGGUUAUUAACAUUCCAGGCAAUAAAGUAGCGGAAGGUCAAACUGUUGCGGAAUAUAUUGGUUCUGGUCCACCAGACGGUACUGGCUUGCACCGUUAUGUUUUCUUAGUCUUCAAGCAGGCGGGCAAGAUUGAAAGUACAAAAUUCAUUCGGAAAACUCAUAUUCAAGCAAACAGUGGAGGUAGACGCAAAAUGGAUUCAAGUGGCAUAGUUCCUGACAUUAUUGACAUUAAGCCUAAAGGUUUACUGCAGGUUAAUUAUCCAAGUGGUGUUAAAGUAGAACUUGGCAAGGAACUGACCCCCACUCAGGUAAAGGAUCAACCCACUGUCAGUUGGCGGGCGGAAGAUGAUGCUUUGUAUACUUUGAUUAUGGUGGAUCCAGAUGCACCCUCACGUGCCGAACCAACCCUUCGAGAAAUUUUACACUGGUUGGUUAUUAAUAUUCCAGGCAAUAAAGUAGCGCAAGGUCAAACUGUUGCGGAAUAUAUUGGCUCUGGUCCACCAGAGGGCAGUGGCUUACACCGUUAUGUCUUCUUAGUCUUCAAGCAGCCGGGCAAGAUUGAAAGUGCAAAAUUUAUACCAAAAACAUCUCGUGAAGGUCGUGUAAAGGUGACGACAAGAGAUUCCAUUGCAAAACAUAAUUUGGGUGAUCCGAUCGCUGGAAACUUUUAUCAGGCGCAAUAUGAUAAUUAUGUGCCGGUAUUAAGAGCACAACUUGUUAACUAAUUGCAAAAACAAAUAAUUAUAGCAGAUAUUUUAUGUAUUUUAUUUAUACGUACAUACGCAUGUGUCA